CGACGUUGUCGUCCAUGACUGGCUGUCGAACACAAUUAUCCCAAGGCUUAAAACCGCCGGACCCCCUUUUCCCUUGUCGUCCAGCGGCUACAUCUCCAAGUUCUUUGCAGAAAACUGUCGCACUUACAUACGCCUCCUGCUGAAUGCUUGGCGGUUAAAUAGGAGCCGAGCGCCCCUCCUGGAAGUCGACACUGACAGACCCAAAGAACCCCAACACUGCCUUUCAAUUUCUUCCUGGCCUACUUUUGCCUAUCAUCUCGAACCUGCCAAGUGAGAAGACAUGUCGGCGCAACUUGCAUCCCUAGUGGGCAAGAAGAUCCUCGGAGAAACCGCACGGAACCAUUUUGGAAAAGAGGACCCUUAUUUUGAAGAAGUCCCCGCCUCACGCUUGAACCGCGCCUUCGGAAAGAAGACACAGAAGCGGCGUAAAGCAAUACCGCCUGGUUUAUCGGAGAAUGACAGCAAAGUCCUGACCCAAGUCAAAAGAAGGGCGUAUCGGCUAGACUUGUGUUUAUUCAGUCUGUGCGGAAUUCGCUUUGGAUGGGGAAGUGUUAUUGGCUUAUUCCCUUUUAUCGGUGAUGGAGCGGAUGCUGCACUAGCCUUGAUGGUGGUGCACACCUGCGAUAAGAUCGACGGAGGCCUCCCGUCGCGGCUCCGGAUGAUGAUGCUCAUGAAUAUUGUCAUCGACUUUUUCAUCGGCCUGGUCCCUUUCAUAGGUGACGUUGCCGAUGCUGUGUACAAGUGCAACACGCGGAAUGCUGUUCUCCUGGAGAAACAUUUGCGGGAAAAGGGGGCCAAGGCACUUGGGAGACAGGAGAGGAGGCAAGGAGCGGAUAUGAGUUUACCGGAUGAGUUCGACCGGUAUGAUGAGGAUUCAUCGGGUGAGCCAUCUAGCCACAAAGGCCAGCCGCAUAGUCGGAACACUGAUGGGCCAGCGAAGCCUCAAGCAGCACGGCAUCCAAAGAGAAACCGGUCGCAAGGCCGGUGGUUCGGCGGAGGAGGUCAUCGGGAGGAGGACCUGGAGAGGGGAGUGGUGGAUAAUGCACAGUCAACUAGGCGGACAAGAUAAUGCUGUACAUAAAUUAACAGAACAUCCAGUGCGCUUUUGUCUGAGAAUGAAUCUAGCAGUUCAAUUCUGGCCGGG